GGCAGCACUGGUGGUAGUACGCUGUAAGUAGGCAUCAGAAGUAUUUCACGCCCUGGCAUAAUAGGAUUAUCAUUAUCAUUGGUCAGAACGAAAUUAUUGGUGUUUAAACUGUACCAUACAAAAACUAAUUUUGAAAAUACAUCUGCUUUGACCAAACCUCUCAGGAUAUGGCUUCUUUUGAAUGUGGAAGGCAAAUCAUUAGGGAGGUCCAAUUUGUUGGUUAUGAAGUUCCUUUUCAAAAACAUGAUGUGAAAUCUGAACCAAGAGACGCUGAAAUGUUCAGUGAAUGUGAAAGAAAUGACGAUGUCUCUGACAGUAACAUGCCCACCAAUGAUUUGGACGAAAACGAUAAAUUGAAAAUAAAUAUGCCUAUAGAUAAAUUUAAUCCAGAAGAAAUCAAAAUUGAAGAAACUUACUUUAGUCCUUAUUUCGAUCCCAAAUCUGAAAAGUAUGAGAAUGCAAUAGUGGAAGGUUCAAAUUUUAAAGAAUGUGAAGGACAAUUAUUUAGCCAUGAUAAUUGGCCCAGUAAUAGCUGGCAAAGUUAUAAUGAGUCUCAUGCCAUUCUACUUGAAAAUGUGACUGAGGAUUUGAAACCUGUUGGUUUCACCAUAGAUUCUGGAAACAUCUUUGUUGAAACGAAGGAAGAAACUAUCUUUGAGGAGAAGGAAGAGAUUUUCAAUGGAAAUAUUCCAUCAGGUCCAGAUGUUAUGGAGUUUGCUGUUGAAAAUGAUCACGUAAAGCAUAGGAUUUUACCAGCAACAUUUAAUGAACAAUACAAUUCUACAAACUGUUUGAAUUUAAAAACCAGUGAAAAACCUCAUAGUGGAGAAAAAACAUUUCGGUGUAAAAUAUGCUCAAAAUCGUUCAAUCGAAGUGAUGUUUUGAAACGCCAUGAAAAAAUUCAUACUGGGGAAAAACCCUUUCAGUGUAGAAUAUGCUCAAAGUCAUUCAUUAGAAAUAGUAAUUUAAUCAUUCAUGAAAGAACUCAUUCUGGUGAAAAACCGUUUCAUUGUAAAAUAUGCUCAAAAUCGUUCACUCAAAGUUUUCAUUUGAAAAGCCAUGAAAAUAUUCAUACUGGGGAAAAACCCUUUCGGUGUGAAAUAUGCUCAAAAUCAUUCGCUCUAAAAACUUAUUUGAAACGCCAUGAAAAAAUUCAUACAGGGGAAAAACCCUUUCAGUGUAGAAUAUGCUCAAAGUCAUUCAUUGGAAAAAGUAAUUUAAUCAUUCAUGAAAGAACUCAUUCUGGUAAAAAACAGUUUCAGUGUAGAAUAUGCUCAAAGUCAUUCAUUGGAAAUUCUCAUUUAAUUAGACACGAACGAAGUCAUUCUGGGGAAAAGCUGUUUCAGUGUAAAUUUUGCUCAAAAUCUUUCAGUCGAUAUGCUUAUUUGAAAGCCCAUGAAAAUAUUCAUACUGGAAAAAAUCUCUUUCGGUGUGAAAUAUGCUCAAAGUCAUUCUCUCAAAGUCGUAAUUUGAAAAUCCAUGAAAAACUUCAUACUGGCGAAAAAUCUUACAAGUGUAAAGUCUGCUCGAAAUCAUUCAUUCAAGGCAGUUCUUUGAAAUCCCAUGAAAAAACUCAUACUGGGGAAAAACCCUUUCAGUGUAGAACAUGCUCAAAGUCAUUUAUUCUCCAAAGUAAUUUGAUGAGGCAUGAAACAAUUCACACUGGUGAAAAACCAUUCCGAUGUAAAACUUGCUCAAAAUCAUUUAAUGAUAAAUGUGGUUUGAUAUACCACGAAAAAAAUCACACUUGCGAAAAACCAUUCCAGUGUGAAGUAUGUUCAAUGUCAUUCAUGCGAAAUAGUGCAUUAAUUAUACAUGAAAGAACUCAUUCUGGGGAAAAACCUUUCAAGUGUAAAGUCUGCUCAAAAUCAUUCAUUCAACGCAGUUCUUUGAAAUACCAUGAAAAAACUCAUACUGGCGAGAAACCAUUUCAAUGUGAAAUUUGCUUGAAAUCAUUCAUUCAAAGAAUCGAUUUGAAAUACCACGAAAAAAUUCACACUGGAGAAAAAUCAUUUCACUGUAAAAUAUGCUCAAAGUCAUUCAUUCGAAAUAGCGAAUUAAUUAAACAUGAAAGAACUCAUUCUGGGGAAAAACUUUUCAAGUGUAAAGUCUGCUCAAAAUCAUUCGUUCAACGCAGUACUUUGAAAUGCCACGAAAAAAUUCAUACUGGAGAGAAGCCAUUUCAGUGUAAAACUUGCUCAAAAUCAUUUAUUCAACGUAGUUCUUUCAAAUAUCAUGAAAAAAUACACACUGGAGAAAAACCAUUCCAGUGUAAAAUAUGCCCAAAGUCAUUCACUCGAAAGAGCGUAUUAAUUAGACAUGAAAGAACUCAUACAGGUCAAAAACCAUUUCAGUGUAAAAUCUGCCUAAAAUCAUUCAGUCAAAAUUGUCAAUUGAAGUCUCAUGAGAAAGGUCAUGAUUCUUUGAAAUUAUAAUUGUCAACAUUGUAAUAUUCUUACUUCAGAACUGGGUGGGUUAAUAUGGUCGUGGAUGGGUUUUUCUAUUAACUAGCUGUUGUCAUUCUACGGCGGAUAAAAGUGUAAACUGGUUUAAUGUUAGACAUGAUUUCAAUCUAUAAUUUACAUACAUUUUAACAAAAUUACUUUAUGUAAUAAAUCAAAUUAAGCCUCAAGACUGUAUUGACGUUGUGUACACCAGCGACGAGACCUGGGGAGUAGGCAGAUUGAGGCCCCUGUGUCAAGUCAGAAAAACCUUGCAGCGUGUCACCAUCUUGAGGAUUAGGCAGAUUGAGACAUCAGUAAAAAUGGCUUCCAUUUCGAAACGUUGAACUACCAAAAAUAUAAAACCUUUCGAAACUGACUAGGAGCUAGUACUCCGGAAU